GUUUGUCUCGAGAAUCAAUCAAUCGCGGUCGCUUUUCUCACACACUCUCUCUCGUCUCCGCAAGAGCUUUAAAAGUCGAAGAGUAACACACACCUCCAUCAUCGUGAUCGCGUGCACGACAACACUUUUGAGUAAUUGUACGAAGGUGCACGCGCGUGAACAAAUAAAGUGGAACAAGGACUGAAGAAGUAAAUUUUCUUCCCAAAAAAGAAAAGGAUUUUUAAGGAAUAUUUUUUACGCGGGAAAAACAUUGUGAAUCAUGGAGAAUUUGGACGAAACUGCCGUACAAAAAUUCUACAAUGGGAAGAGUAUCUUCAUGACGGGAGGCACUGGAUUCCUUGGCAAAAUAAUCAUGGAGAAGCUGCUGCGGACAUGCCAGAUCGACACAAUUUACCUUUUAAUACGAAGCAAGAAAGGCAAGGAUAUCCACACACGGGCUGAGGAUCUCUUCGAUGACGUCCUGUACGAUCGCCUACGGCAGCACAACCCAAAAUUUCGCCACAAAAUCCACCCAAUUGCCGGAGAUUGUGCCCUACCUGGCCUCGGGAUCUCUGCACACGAUCGCGAGGUAAUUUGCAAGUCAGUCAACGUGGUAUUCCACGUAGCAGCCACUGUGCGCUUCGAUGAGAAACUCAACAUUGCCAUGGGGAUCAAUGUGAGGGGUACGAAAGAAAUUCUUGAACUUUGCCGCGGAAUUGAGCACCUCAAGGCCGUUGUGCACGUUUCAACGGCCUAUGCGAAUUGCAAUAGACCUGAUAUUGAUGAGAAAUUCUACACGUACCCCAUUACUGGAGCUGAAGCCCUCAAAACGUACGAAGGCUUAGACGAUGAGACCCUCGAGAGGAUUGGGAGCGAACAUUCAAAGAGCUGGCCCAACACCUACACCUACACAAAAGCCCUAGCUGAGGAUCUCAUUAGAACAGACUCCAAAGGACUUCCAGUUGCCAUUGUGAGACCAGCAAUUGUUCUGCCUACGGCGAAAGAACCAAUCGCAGGAUGGAUUGAUAAUCUGUACGGGCCAACGGGAAUGGUUGUUGGCGUAGGUGCUGGACUAAUUCACGUAUGUCACGUGCACAGGGAUAACAAAGCCGAACUUGUACCCGUAGAUAUGUGCGUGAAUGCCAUUCUUGUGUGUGCCAAAGAUAGGGCAACGCGUGAACACAAAGAAGUACCAAUUGUGAAUUUUGUAACAACGGCAGAGAAUAAAAUUCGUUGGAGACAGUACAUAGACUACGCCUGGUCGUAUGGAUCACAAGUUCCAACACUUAAGAGUAUUUGGUACACAGUAUUCACCGUGACAGACUCUCAUUUAAUCUUCAGUCUUCUGUGGUUUCUCUACCAUACCCUACCGGCCUUUUUUAUGGAUAUUUGUUUCCGACUUGUGGGGAAACGCCCCAAAAUGGUGGAUAUUUACAGGAAAGUUAAGAAAUUCAGCGAUGCCAUCUUAUUCUUCACGCACACAAAGUUCACCUUCACCAGCACGAACAUGGAGGCCCUGUGGGAGAACCUAAGUGCCCGUGAUAAGGAGAUUUUCUACUUUGACAUGGCUAAACUCAAUUGGAGCAGCUACAUUAAGGACAGUGUUGAGGGUACACGGCAGUACCUCCUUAAGGAUCCUCUGUCAACCAUUAAAGCGGCAAAGAAGCGACAGCAACGCUUCAAAGUCAUGCACUACUUCCUCGUUUACACACUCUAUGCCGUCCUAGGAAUGCUCGUUACCCUACUACUCAUGAAACUCCUCCUGCCCUCCACGUAGUCUGUGUGCCCACCUGUACCCCCAACUGUUUUGUUUUAAAGUCUCUCCUCUCUUGCUCCCAAAUCAAUCAUCAGGAGUGCAACGGUUGGGGCCUAGGCAACGACUAAUCCUUGUUAAAUUAAACUUGGUUUUUACAAAAUAAAUUAAUCUUGGGGUUAAA